GAUGGCAGUUGCCCAAAUACCCUUGCACCCUUCAGUCGGAUGAACCCACUUUGCAGGGGGGCAGCUUCCCGGAUUGCCACCAGAUGGACCCCCAUCGCAGGUUCCCUCUCGGUGUUUACAACACAUGAGCUCAUUAUCCUGUACCAACUAGGUGCGGCUCCCUGGCGCUUUUAUUGUAUCUGAGAUGAAUGAUAAAUAUCUCGCCUGUUCCCAUCUCGUGGUGAAAAUGGGUUUGUAUCAUCAACCAGCUUCAUACCUGGGCAGCUUCGCAUUAUUUUUCCACCGCGUCAUUCCCUCAUUUCUGUUCCUUCGCUCCAAGCUUGAUUUCGUGAUACCAGGAGACUUGACGUUUCCGGCUCCUAGAUUCGUCGUCCCCAAGUUUUCCGUCUCAUUCCCAUUGGCCCUGCUCCUCUUAUCGUUUCCCUCUUCACCCCCGCCGCAAUGUUCCCUCCUUCAUCUUCGAUCAUAUUCGCCGCCGGUCUUACGGGACUCGCGGUGGCGGCCCCCUCCAGUCCGUUCCACAAGAUGGGCAGCUUCUCCAUUCCUCAGGUCCGCAACGCCGGAUAUGUCAGACAUGGCCCCACGGCCCUGGCCAGGGCCUACAUGAAGUUUGGCGCUGCGAUGCCUGAUAGUCUGUUCCAGAUCCUGGCCGACUUUAAGAUCUCGAAGCGUGAUACGGGAAGUGCUGCUGCUACGCCUGAGCAGUACGACAUUCAAUAUCUUACGCCCGUCUCCCUCGGCACUCCCCCGCAAAUUCUGAACCUCGAUUUCGACUCCGGCUCCAGUGACCUUUGGGUCUUCAGCUCCGAGACCCCCGCAAGCCAGGUCAAGGGACAAGCUCAGUACAACCCGUCAAAGAGUAGCACCUCCAAGGAAGUGUCGGGCGCCACGUGGGACAUCUCGUACGGCGAUGGCAGCUCCUCGUCUGGCAAUGUCUACACCGAUGUCGUAAAUGUCGGCAAUGCCACCUUUGCCGGACAGGCCGUCGAGACUGCCCAGCAGGUGUCCUCUUCCUUUACGUCAGACACCAACAACGAUGGCCUCCUUGGACUGGCCUUCAGCACCAUCAACACUGUUCAACCCGAGCAGCAGAAGACCUUCUUUGACAACAUCCGCGACGACUUGGACAGCCCUGUGUGGACCGCCGAUCUGAAGCACAACGAGCCUGGCACUUAUAACUUCGGAUUCAUCGAUGACUCCCUCUACACGGGUAAAAUCGCUUACACAGACGUUGACUCCAGCGACGGAUUCUGGAUGAUCACCUUGGACAGCUACAGCGUCGGCAGCAGCACUAGUAACUUGAGUAGCCGCGCCUUCCACCACCGUCCUUCCACUUUCCCCUCCCCCUCAGACUCCGCCUCCACCCCCCUGACCGGCAUUGCCGACACUGGCACUACCUUGGCUCUCCUGCCCGACUCCGUAUGCACCGAAUACUACAGCCAGGUAUCCAGCGCCGCCAACUCCCAAACGGCGGGUGGCUACGUUUUUGACUGCGAUGCCACCCUUCCCGAUUUUACAUACACCGUCGGGUCUACCACCAUCACCAUCCCUGGCGAGUACAUCAACUAUGCUCCUGUUGACACCACCGGUGAGCAAUGCUUUGGAGGAAUUCAGUCUGACGCCGACAUUGGCUUCUCCAUCUUUGGCGACAUUGCGCUGAAGGCCGCGUUUGUCGUCUUCGAGGAUGAUGGUUCAAGCCCUCGUCUGGGCUUUGCUCAGAAGAGCUUGUAAUCGCCGCUACCAUACUCGGCAUGAAAGAGAGCCAAAGUGAUCGUUCCAUUCGCAAUAUUUGCGUGAGACAUUUAUUCUCAGCUUCUUAGUGUAUUAUAUACAAUUUUUUUGCAUCGCAUGGCAUUGCAUAUGGGGUACUGAUUAUUUCGAGCUAGAGAUACCAUUCAAUAUUGAAGUCAAUCCC